AACCAUACAUCACAAAAAUAGCUUCCAUCGUUUUUGCAUACGUGCAAAUUUCUCAGUAGCUUAAAUUGUACAGUACAACACGACACCGUCCAUAAUUACUUGCGUACAUCCAACCACUCAUUUAGUAAUUGGCAUUGUGCAUAAUUGAUGAUCAAAUUUUUCUUCCCCAAUUGCCAAUACCUCGUGGAACAAUUACUGCUUUUAUGUCCCGUCCAACAGAAUCGAACGGUGUAGUAGUAAUGACUCCGAGAACGUCGAUAGCGUCGAGAUUGCUGACAAUUAUGACGGUAGUUUUGAAACCGAUAAUAUACUUCCUCCGGAACAACAACAUCCAGAAGCUAUAACAAAUGCCUUCGAGCGAGAUGCGAGCGUUCUUUCGCCGGAUGGGGAUGAAGCUCUACAGGAUGCAUUGUUGAACGAGCUGGAAGACGAUAUUCAACAGUAUGAGGCGGAACAGCAGCGACAAAACAGAAUUCAUCAUUUUUCUUUCAAGCUGAAUUCAGCAGCGCUCAGUAUCAUCGAAGAAAGAACUGACGACGACAGCAGUGUCAAUCAACAAUCACCAGAGAGGGCUGCCAUGGAAGAAAGUACGAUUCAAAAGCUCACUAAUUUGGAGGGAGAUGAAGAAAUACACCAGGAAGGUGAAGUGGCUUUCCCGGUUGACUCUGAAGGAAAUGAAGCUUCAGAAAAUGUCCAAGAUGAUGAAGUUACUGAUGAAAAUCCAGUUCCAGUUGAUGAUGAAGAUGAUUCCAGUGAGCGCAGUUUAAAAGGCUUCGAAGACGUUGAACAGUUGCUGAAUAAGAUGCCACCGGUAACGAGGUUAAGAACGCUAACACGAUUUCGAUCAUUCGAUUACCCAAGAGGCGGAAUUGAAGAUGAUGAGGAAAGCGACGAAGAACACGAGGAACAAAUAAAAAAUCCACCGAAGAAAUUCAACCUGAAAGACUUUAAAGGUAAAAUGCAAUCAGAGAGUAAAUUGAACAUUUCAGAAGCAGACGACGACGAGGGUGGAGAAGAUGUAGACGAGAAAGAGGAGGCCGGGAACGAUGAUACUUGUGUGCCUGAUGAGCCGGAAGAAAACUUCGAUUUGGAAGCAGCCAUCGACGAGGUGCUGACGGAAACAUCUCCCGAGGUGCAGAAAACGAAAUGGAAAAUGCUCAUACGUACCUUGCGCAAGAUUCCCUAUCGAGCCAAUUCAUUCGAUUUAUUUAGUGAAAACGAUGAGGAUGUCCUGGAGAUUUUAUUUGAGCAAAGAAGAAAGGAAAUGUUUACGAACGCUGACGGAGAGUCGAACGAAUCCGUAGACGAUUCGUAAAUGUUGCACUUGCAGCGUGCAGG